UUCCCAUCAGCCGAUUUCCUCUGCUUGAGGGCAAGUUAUCUAAAUCUGACUCGUCGGCAACCGCAACGCUACCGCAGUGAACUGUGGGAGUUGCGGUUCACGGCAUAGCCUCAGUUUUUGCUUCGGGAAGCUUUAGAACUACUAAUCCCGUGAGCCAGUGGGCUUUCGCCUGCCCACUGAGAAGCUGAUUCUUCUUGGCCCCAUCAGCCUGUGCCUGAGAGGUAAGAGAGGGCGGGGGGAAGGAAGAGGAGGCGGGAUCCGGGCGCUGCGUUGGCUGCGGCCUGGCACCAAAGGGGCGGCCCCGGCGGAGAGCGGACCCAGUGGCCUCGGCGAUUAUGGACUCAGCCGAGGCGGUGCUGCAAGAGAAAGCACUCAAGUUUAUGUGCUCUAUGCCCAGGUCUCUGUGGCUGGGCUGCUCCAGCCUGGCGGACAGCAUGCCUUCGCUGCGAUGCCUGUAUAACCCAGGGACUGGCGCACUCACAGCUUUCCAGAAUUCCUCAGAGAGAGAAGACUGUAAUAAUGGCGAACCCCCUAGGAAGAUAAUACCAGAGAAGAAUUCACUUAGACAGACGUACAAUAGCUGUGCCAGACUCUGCUUAAACCAAGAAACAGUAUGUUUAGCAAGCACUGCUAUGAAGACUGAGAAUUGUGUGGCCAAAACAAAACUUGCCAAUGGCACUUCCAGUAUGAUUGUGCCCAAGCAACGGAAACUCUCGGCAAGCUAUGAAAAGGAAAAGGAACUGUGUGUCAAAUACUUUGAGCAGUGGUCAGAGUCAGAUCAAGUGGAAUUUGUGGAACAUCUUAUAUCCCAAAUGUGUCAUUACCAACAUGGGCACAUAAACUCAUAUCUUAAACCUAUGUUGCAGAGAGAUUUCAUAACCGCUCUGCCAGCUCGGGGUUUGGAUCAUAUUGCUGAGAACAUUCUGUCAUACCUGGAUGCCAAAUCACUAUGUGCUGCUGAACUUGUGUGCAAGGAAUGGUACCGAGUGACCUCUGAUGGCAUGUUAUGGAAGAAGCUCAUCGAGAGAAUGGUCAGGACAGAUUCUUUGUGGAGAGGCCUGGCAGAACGAAGAGGGUGGGGACAGUAUUUAUUCAAAAACAAACCUCCUGAUGGGAAUACUCCUCCCAACUCUUUUUAUAGAGCACUUUAUCCUAAAAUUAUACAAGACAUUGAGACAAUAGAAUCUAAUUGGAGAUGUGGAAGACAUAGUUUACAGAGAAUCCACUGCCGAAGUGAAACAAGCAAAGGAGUUUACUGUUUACAGUAUGAUGAUCAGAAAAUAGUAAGCGGCCUUCGAGACAACACAAUCAAGAUCUGGGAUAAAAACACAUUGGAAUGCAAGCGAAUUCUCACAGGCCAUACAGGUUCUGUCCUGUGUCUCCAGUAUGAUGAAAGAGUGAUCAUAACCGGAUCAUCGGAUUCCACAGUCAGAGUGUGGGAUGUAAAUACAGGUGAAAUGCUAAACACAUUGAUUCACCAUUGUGAAGCAGUUCUGCACUUGCGUUUCAAUAAUGGCAUGAUGGUGACGUGCUCCAAAGAUCGUUCCAUUGCUGUAUGGGAUAUGGCCUCCCCAACUGACAUUACCCUCCGGAGGGUGCUGGUUGGACACCGAGCUGCUGUCAAUGUUGUAGACUUUGAUGACAAGUACAUCGUUUCUGCAUCUGGGGAUAGAACUAUAAAGGUAUGGAACACAAGUACUUGUGAAUUUGUGAGGACCUUAAAUGGACACAAACGAGGCAUUGCCUGUUUGCAAUACAGGGACAGGCUGGUAGUGAGUGGCUCAUCUGACAAUACUAUUAGAUUAUGGGACAUAGAAUGUGGUGCAUGUUUACGAGUGUUAGAAGGCCAUGAGGAAUUAGUGCGUUGUAUUCGAUUUGAUAACAAGAGGAUAGUCAGUGGGGCCUAUGAUGGAAAAAUUAAAGUGUGGGAUCUUGUGGCUGCUUUGGACCCCCGUGCUCCUGCAGGGACACUCUGUCUACGGACCCUCGUGGAGCAUUCCGGAAGAGUUUUUCGACUCCAGUUUGAUGAAUUCCAGAUUGUCAGUAGUUCACAUGAUGACACAAUCCUCAUCUGGGACUUCCUAAAUGAUCCAGCUGCCCAAGCUGAACCCCCCCGUUCCCCUUCUCGAACAUACACCUACAUCUCCAGAUAAAUAACCAUACACUGACCUCAUACUUGCCCAGGACCCAUUAAAGUUGCGGUAUUAAACGUAUCUGCCAAUACCAGGACAAGCAACAACAGUAACAAACUACUGCCCAGUUUCCCCGGACUAGCCGAGGAGCAGGGCUUUGAAACUCCUGUUGGGACACAGUUGGUCUGCAGUCGACCCAGGAUGGUCUACUCAGCACAGCUGACUGCUUCAGUGCUGCUAUCAGAAGAUGUCUUCUAUCUUUUGUGAAUGAUUGGAACUUUUAAACCUCCCCUCCCCUCCCCUCCUCCUUUCCUCUCUGCACCUAAUUUUUUCCCAUUGGUUCCAGACAAAGAUGACUUAUAAAUAUAUUUAGUGUUUUGCCACAAUCUCUCUUGCUUUGCCAUUAAGCAGAAGAACUAGUUUCCCUAUAUAGCCUGCUGGGAAAGACCCACUUCUAGUGGAUGGGGGGUGGAAUGCAGCUUCAAGCCAGAUAGUGCCCAGUGUCUCCCCAUUAAUGCAGGAAUGGGAAGCACCUGGCCAGAGCAGCGCAGUCCCACUGUGCUUAAGAGGAGACGGAGCUCUCUGUAUAGCCUCUGAGGAAAAAAAAAAAAAAAAAAGAAAACAGGAGUGUAUACACUGGAAGAUCUGGGCCUCCUGCCUGCCUUCUCUUUGUUUCUCUUCCUCUUCCCUUCUACUUUCCCACUCCCCUUCAACAACUCUUUUCUCUCUGCUCCACCUGAGAAGAAAGUAUAUGAAGAGAGUGUCCUCCUUUAGCAUGAGGCAGAUCAGCCAGAAAAUGCAAUACUUGCAAGAGUUAAAUGCUGUUCAGUCAAGAUUUCAGACCCAGGCCUUUGCUGCAAGUGACCCUGUGGCAACAGUGGAUUCUCGGACAUGAUACUCUCAUCAUAUUUGCAACUCUUCUCUCUCUUUCCCCACACCCAAGAGGAGGAUGGGUAGGCGGGGGAAGCAGAAGUUUCCUGGGCCCCAUCAAUGGCUGUAUCUUUUCUGGACUCAGCAGUCUCCUUGAUUCCAUGUAGAGUGUGGAAAGGAGUUGCUGAUUGCAUUUCCUCUCAUUAACAAUUAGGUGUGUAAUAAAAAGCAUUGUACUUCAUCUUAAAUCACUAGUAAGGCUCAGCCUACAGAAAGGUUUGAAAUGGCCAAAGCCAGUCGCUUGGUGCAUUCUGCAUAAUGGUUUCCAUCUCUGAUUUCUUCAUCAGGGCCUGUGAGUACCCAGGUGCCUGUAUCUUUGCCAAGACCAUGAUCAAAGUAGCUUAAGAGAGAUGGUCAGGAGAAAAUAUCAUCUCUCAAAAAUUGAUCUCACCCUGUGAACCUUGCACUGCAGAACCAACCUUCUGCUUCUCCCACACCCAGUGUCUGCAGAAGGGCAAAGCGGCCCAAGAGAGAGGAUCAGGGUGAAGUUUGGCACACAGGGUUUAUUAAUGGGGCAGAAACUGCCUUUUCUUCCUCCUCCUGACCUUAUUUUGCUCUCCACUCUCCCCAACCAGUAAAAUAUCUGUGGCAAUUGGUGAACAGCAUAAACAGCUGGACCUCAGCAAAGGCCAGGCAAACCUGGCCACUCAGAAGGUAGCUGUGUGAGUUGCCAGCUAGUGGGCUUCAGGUGCAAGGGCACCUGUGCCACACCAACCCAGAAGCACAGAGAAUACUAUUAAUGUGCACCCAGCUGGUCUUCCCAGGCAGGAGUGGACCUGCAUGAGCUAUCUCCGGUAGUAUGGGUGCACCCAGCAGAGGCCCCUGGUUGGCAAGAAGGUAUCCUCUUCCCAAGGUGUACCCAGACUGAAUGUUGUUAUUGCAUACUGAGAGGCAGUUUAUGCAUAUGCAUUCUACUUUUCCUGCUUUAUGGGUACUUUUAAGCUUUUAGUUCCAGGUUAUAUUGAGAAAAUAUUUCCCAGUGUAAUGAUACAUCAUUGCCUAGGAAGUAUUUUCUCAGUAUAAUUCCCUUACCCGCUACCCAAAUUCUACAGAGAAAUGUUUUCUACUUGGCCACUAUCAGGGUUCCUCAUCUGUUGUGUUGACUAUUCAUGGUUUUUUGAUUGCCUAAGGAUUUUGCUGUAGAUGAAGGGAGAGGGCUGUCAGCCCUGAAAAACACAUAGGUCAGAUAUUUAAAAGGCAUGGGUUUCGAGCUGUCUCAAAAUAUUGUCCAAUAGCCAUAACUUUACUAGCCCUUCUGACAUAUGCUGCUAUUACAAAGUGGAAGCUGUUGAAUGUUUAUUGGUGCCCAGGGUUUUGCUCUCCAAUCUAGGUUCAGUUGAAAGAAUUUUGUUUCUAAGACUAUUUUGAAACAUGUCCAGUACAUCACAGAGGAGAUCCGGGCGGACCCUGCAGAUGUGGAGCCGUUAGCCCAGUUGAGGAUAUCCUCCAAGUUAUCCUCUCUGCUGCUGAUGGAAAUGGGAAUGAAGUUAAGUGGUCUGAAAAACUUGAAUCGUUCACAUUUCUCAGCCCUGGGGGUCAUUUACCAGUUCAUUGUAGAAGAAAUAAUCAGGUAAGUAAAAGUUCAUUUCCAGAGAAGGUAAACCCUACUUACUAUCUCUGCAUGAUUUCAGUGGGAAUUGAUUAUCACUAAUCCCCAACUGGGCUAGAAUAAAUGUAAAGUUUGACCUUUUAAAACAAAAAGAGAGGCAAAGUCUCAGCAUAUUCCAAGGAGUGGUAGAAACAGAGCUGAAGGUGUCCCCAUUGUAGAUUAGUCUCUUCUCACUAAAAUUUACUUCCCAAUGUAGGGCCUAAAGGAAACCUUUCUUAAAGACAAGCUGAAACCCCUUGGAAGGCAGGUAAGGAGGUAUGCGUGUACCUGUUACAGACACGUGACCUCUUGGUGCACACUGGGGCUACUUGGACAAGACCAGCAUGCCUUGCUGCACGUGUGUGUAUUUCACUGCUGAGAACAUCCUUUUCUGUAUGCAGUCUGAAAGGAUGUGGAUUACAGAUGGAAGGCCGUUGCACUUGUCCCUUGACAAAAUUCUUUCUGGUGUCUCCUAACUUUAGACACGGGAACUCUUUUUGGAUCUCUACUGACAAGUAAUAAAGUCCAGCCCUCAUAACUUGUUUCCGAACUAGAAAAGACUGUGAGACCCCUAAAUCAUUCUGGUUUUUUUUGGCUUGAGUAAGAACAGUCCUUUUUUAUUUUUCUUCUGUACAGUCUAAAGCUACAGAGAAAAAAAAAACUGCAGUCUUCCCUUGCUGACUCCUGGUACCAUUGGUCUGAAGAGCUGUAGUUGGUCUACUCCUUACUUAGCACUUGAUUGUGUGGGGAAACAAAGGUGGGAGGGGUGGGGAAUACUGGAAAUAAUCAGGGCAGUUUUUUUCUUUCCUGGACCUUGGUACAGUUGACCUUCUCAGCAUUUCCCUUUUGCCUUAGAUGGCAACACCCUCCAGCCCGAAGCAGAGCAAUCCAACCCAGAUUAGUGCAGCCCUGAGGCCUAGCCUUCGGUCUCCCUGGUCUUCAUACAGCUGCACCAACAGACAGACCUCCUUACUUUAACCACAGUGUCAACAUAGUGUCAGAAAGAGAGCAUCUCUUAAGGGAAUAAAACUGAGUUUUGCUUCUUUACCUGUAGUUCAUCUGUGGUGUCAGAAUCCUUGGAGCUGAAGAGAGAAAUCAAAAAAGCAUGAUGAUGGUUGCCUGGUUUCAGGUAGAACUUAAUGCAUUGAUCUUUAGAAACCCCUUCUGUUGAAAGUUGAGUACCCAUGAUCUAAAAUGUCCUGGAGGCAGAUGACAUCUAAAAUAUGUGCUUUCCAACCAGCACAGCUGGCGCUCUUAGCUCCUGAUUGGUUGUGUGUGUGUUGUAUUAAGGAUCGGUGCAGUAAGUUGUAUUUUAAAGUGUUACCUCCCCUCCUAACCCUUCCCCUUCUUGGACACUGAAGGAAAAGACCAACUAGGACAUUAGGCCUCUGGGCACCAAGGAAACAAACAGCUUUCUCAAAGCAGUGACCACUCAAGUCCAACCCAGACAGCUGAGGGAUGGCUGGUGAACUCCAACUAUGGGACAGGCCUGGCAACACAUGUGAGCUUCCCCAAGAACUGUCAGCUGGUUCAGCUCUUUGUUCUCUAGACUCUUAAGUACUGACUGCUUUGACUUUUGUGAUUAUGUUAUGGUGAUGUGUAGUCAAUGUACCAAUAUGUUCACAACCUAGGAUCAUGGUAAUAGAGUGCGUUUUGUUUUGUUUUUUUUAACUGUUCAGAAAAAAAGUAACUUAAGUCACAAAUAUAAGAUUAAAGUGAA